GUUUCGGGGUGCGUCCCCCGUGGGCGCGGAGGGCGGCGGAGCCCGGGCAGGAGCGCCGGCGGGCCGCGCCGGUGCGAUCGCGGCGCGCCCCGCGGCAGCGCCCCGCCAGCCGCUGCCGAGGCGGCGGGGCCGGGGGGCGCGGGGCCGGAGGAUGAGCGCCCCGGUGGAGCCCAGGAUCAAACAGGCGCUGCGGAAGAAGCCCGCGGAGCGGACUCCGGAGGACUUGAACACUAUCUAUUCUUUCCUUCAUGGCCUGGACAUUCUAUCACAUUUCAGGGAACACCAGCUAAGAAUAAUGUCGUCGAGUGCCCGCUAUGAGAGGUACAAGGGCAACCAAGUUCUCUUUUGCUCAGAAACUAUUGCAAGAUGCUGGUAUAUCCUGCUUUCUGGGUCUGUGCUCAUGAAGGAUUCAAUGUUUUUGCCACCUUGCAGUUUUGGCAAGCAGUCUGGAGGGAAGCGAGGCUGUGAAUGUAUCAUAUUGGAACCUUCAGAAAUGAUUGUGGUGGAGAACUCCAAAGACAAUGAGGAGAACAUCUUGCAGAGAGAGGUACCGCUGCGGCAGUCCCGUCGCAGGUACAGGAAGAUCAACCAGAGGGGCGAGCGUCAGACCAUCACGGACAGUGUGGAUUCCAGCAGCUACGUGUCGCUUCCAGCUGACCUCACCAAGAUGCAUCUUACGGACAAUCCUCACCCUCAGGUGACGCACGUCCCUUCCAGCCAGUCAGGAUGUAGCAUUGCCAGUGACUCUGGGAGCAGCAGCCUGUCUGAUAUUUAUCAGGCUACAGAAAGUGAGAUGGGAGAUGUUGAUUUAUCGGGUCUUCCAGAAGCAGCUGUAGACUCUGAAGAUGAGGAAGAGGAGGAGGAUGAAGAUAUUGACAGAACUUCUGAUCCACUUCUAGGGCGAGAUGUUGUCCGAGAGUGCCUUGAGAAAGAGCCUGCAGAUAAAACUGAUGAUGAUAUUGAACAAUUAUUGGAGUUCAUGCAUCAACUCCCUGCCUUUGCCAACAUGACCAUGUCUGUGAGGAGAGAGCUGUGCUCAGUGAUGAUAUUUGAAGUCGUAGAGCAAGCAGGAGCCAUCAUACUUGAAGACGGCCAGGAACUUGAUUCUUGGUAUGUUAUUUUAAAUGGCACAGUAGAAAUCAGCUAUCCUGAUGGGAAGAGUGAGAGUCUCUGUAUGGGAAAUAGUUUUGGGAUUACUCCCUCUCUGGACAAACAGUACAUGAAUGGAGUGGUCAGAACCAAAGUAGAUGAUUGUCAGUUCGUAUGUAUAGCCCAACAAGACUACUGGAGGAUUCUGAACCACGUGGAAAAAAACACUCAUAAAGUGGAAGAAGAAGGAGAAAUUGUGAUGGUGAAGGAGCACAGGGAGCUGGAUCGCAGUGGAACCAGAAAAGGACACAUAGUUAUCAAGGCAACACCUGAGAGACUCAUCAUGCACUUAAUAGAGGAACAUUCUAUUGUGGAUCCAACCUACAUCGAAGAUUUUCUUUUAACAUACAGAACAUUUCUAACAAGUCCCUUGGAAGUUGGAAAUAAACUCUUGGAAUGGUUCACAGUGGACAGCCUCAGGGACAAGGUUACCAGAGUAGUGUUGCUGUGGGUGAACAAUCAUUUUAAUGACUUUGAAGGAGAUCCUGCCAUGACUCGAUUCCUGGAAGAAUUCGAAAAGAAUUUGGAAGAUACGAAAAUGAAGGGCCAUCUCAGAUUGCUGAAUAUUGCCUGUGCUGCCAAAGCGAAAUGGAGACAAAUCACCCUGCAAAAACCUUCCAGAGAUUCUCCCCUGUUUUUCAGCCUUCUUGGAGGCAGUGACAAGGGCUUUGGUAUUUUUGUAGAGACUGUGGAGAUAGGCAGUAAAGCAGCAGAAGCUGGACUUAAGCGUGGUGAUCAGAUAAUGGAAGUAAAUGGACAGAAUUUUGAGAACAUUACGUUUGCAAAAGCUCUGGAAAUCUUAAAGAAUAACACACAUCUCUCCAUUACUGUAAAAACAAACAUUUUUGUGUUUAAGGAGCUGCUCUGCAGGAUAGGACAGGAGAAGAAUGGAAUCCCACAUAUUCCAAAAAUCGCAGAAAAGAAAAACAACCGUUAUUCUAUCCCAGAUAUGCCUGGAGAUGUGGAACAGAUGUUUCCCCGUGAAAAAGGAAACAAGAAAAUGAAAGCAAACACUGUAUCUGGUGGUAGAAAUAGAAUCAGGAAAAUUUUAGACAAGACCCGUUUCAGCAUCUUGCCUCCAAAACUGUUCAGUGACGGCAGCGUGAGCCAGUCGCAGGAUGACAGCAUCGUGGGGACACGGCAGUGCCGCCACAGCCUGGCCAUCAUGCCCAUUCCAGGCACCCUCUCCUCCAGUAGCCCUGACCUGCUGCAGCCCACAACCAGCAUUCUGGACUUCUCUAAUCCUGCAGCUGUUGGGUUUUACUAUAUUCCAGAUCAAGUGAUCCGAGUUUUCAAAGCGGAUCAGCAGAGCUGUUACAUCAUCAUCAGCAAAGACACUACAGCCAAGGAGGUGGUGAGUCACGCUGUCCACGAGUUCAACCUGGCAGGAGCCCCCGAGACCUAUUCCCUGUGCGAGGUGUCCGUCAGCCCCGAGGGCGUCAUCAAGCAGCGCCGCCUCCCGGACCAGUUCUCCAAGCUGGCCGACAGGAUCCAGCUCAAUGGACGGUAUUAUCUGAAAAACAAUAUGGAAACAGAGACCUUGUGCUCAGAUGAAGAUGCUCAAGAGCUGCUCCGAGAGAGCCAAAUUUCCCUCCUCCAGCUGAGCACCAUCGAGGUGGCCACUCAGCUUUCCAUGCGGGACUUUGAGUUAUUCCGCAACAUCGAGCCAACGGAGUACAUUGAUGACCUCUACAAGCUGGACUCCAAAACAGGCAACGCUCACCUGAAACAGUUUGAGGAUGUCAUAAAUCAAGAGACCUUCUGGGUUGCCAUGGAAAUUUUAGCAGAACCCAACCAACUCAAAAGGAUGAAGAUUAUUAAGCAUUUCAUUAAAAUUGCUCUCCACUGCCGAGAAUGCAAGAACUUCAAUUCCAUGUUUGCGGUGAUAAGUGGGUUAAAUCUUGCACCAGUAGCUCGUCUCAGAGGCACUUGGGAAAAGUUACCCAGCAAGUAUGAAAAGCACCUCAGAGACCUUCAAGAUCUUUUUGAUCCAUCUCGAAACAUGGCAAAAUAUCGCAACAUCCUCAGCAGCCAGAGCAUGCAGCCUCCAAUUAUCCCACUUUUCCCUGUUGUCAAGAAAGAUAUCACAUUUCUGCAUGAAGGCAAUGAUUCUAAAGUGGAUGGCCUGGUGAAUUUUGAGAAGCUGCGGAUGAUUGCCAAAGAGAUCCGCCAGGUUGUCCGGAUGACCUCGGCAAACAUGGAUCCAGCUGUGAUGUUCAGACAAAGGAAGAAGAGGUGGAGAAGUUUGGGGUCCCUGAGCCAGGGCAGCAUGAACUCCAACAUGCUGGACGUGCAGGGAGGGGCUCACAAGAAGCGCGCCCGCCGCAGCUCCCUGCUGAACGCCAAGAAGCUCUACGAGGAUGCCCAGAUGGCCAGGAAGGUGAAGCAGUACCUGUCCAACCUCAGUGUGGAGACAGACGAAGAAAAGAUCCAAAUAUUAUCACUUCAGUGUGAGCCUGCAUACAGCACUUUGACAAAGAAUUUAAGUGAGAGAAGAGGAGGGAAAUCCUCUGAAAUGUCUCCAGUGCCCAUGAGAUCAAUUGGCCAAACCACAAAAGCCCAUCAGCAUCAACAGAACCGAAUGAGUCAAGUUCUUCAGGUCCCAACUGUGAAUUUGUACCCCAGCAGGAAAAAGGGGCUGACAAAGGAUCAUGUCACAUUCAGUACAGGCUCUCCACAGAAGUCAUUAAGCUUGUCUGAGGAAGUAAGUAGUAAGAAACAAGCAGAUGACACAAUGUCCAUGGCAUCUUCUUUGCACUCCAGCCCUCCUGCUUCUCCUCAGGGCUCCCCACGCAAAGUUGGGAACAUCCAAAGGUCGGAUAACUGCAGUCAGAUGAAUCUCUCUGGCUCUUCCUCCUCACUGGCCAGUGAAACCAGCCACAAGAACAGUGGACAGCGCAGCUAUGGAAUAGGCUACGCCCUCAUACCCUCCACAAAAUCCGACAACUUCUCAGACUCCAGCCACAGUGAGAUUUCCUCCCGCUCCAGCAUCGUGAGCAACUGCUCUGUGGACUCCAUGUCAGCAGCACUGCAGGACGAGAGGGGCUUGUGCCAGGCCCUCGUGGUGGAUUCAGGCGGGGCAGAGAGAAAGGAGCAUCCUCAGGCCCUGGCAGACUACAGCCAGCCCUGCCCGGGCUGGUCCAUCUCUAGGCCUGCUCUGAUCAGAGGAAUGGCAUUCACAUCUUCCAUGAGCAGCGAGGAGAUCUCCCACGAGCACAUCAUGGUGGAGGCGGCGGACAGCGGCCGGGGAAGCUGGACUUCAUGCUCAAGUAGCUCUCAUGACAAUUUCCAGAAUAUCCCAAACCAGAAGAGCUGGGAUCUCCUCAGUUCUUACCGUCACACGCAGCUGGACGGGCCCAUAGCUGAAGUGGAUCCCACAAACUGUUACUCUGAGGAGGGGUAUUUGUACUCCGAAGCCUUUUCCAAAGCCAACAGGCAGUCGAAAGCCAGCGCGGAGCUCGAUCAGUCUCGGCAGAGCUGGGCAUCCUCCAGCUCCCUGUCAGACACCUACGAGACAAACUAUGGGACAAUAAAGCGCAGGGGGCUGGAGAACUCCACGGCAGAGCAGACGGAGGUUUUGGACUCUAAACCAGGCGCUGAUACAACUUACAAAACUGUUACUUCGAGUACAGAAAAAGGCCUCAUAGUGUACUGUGUCACCUCACCUAAGAAGGACGAUAGGUAUAGGGAGCCACCGCCCACCCCUCCGGGAUAUAUGGGGAUUUCUUUAGCGGACAUAAAAGAAGGAUCGCCCCACCACCCACACCUCAAACCUCCAGACUAUAGUGUGGCAGUGCAGAGGUCAAAGAUGCUGCACAGUGACCUCUCUAGACUUCCACCAGCUGCUGUCGGUAGCGACGCGGUGGCCUGUGUCUCCUCGAGGAUGCCUCAGUGGCACGGCCGGCAGCCGUCCAGCCCCAGGGUAGCAGACUUGCCUGACGCAGAUAGUGGAGAGGAUGAAGAUGAACAAGUAUCAGCAGUUUAACCCUUGGGCUGUUUGUAUAAACCACUCACAACACAAGGGAUGUGGGAGAAGGUCUCACGGUUCUGUUAGUGACUGCUGACAACUUGCUGCUACUGACCUCAGACCUUACCUCUGUCACAGACGAGAUGGAACGGGUUGGAUCACCUCUUUACACCUUCCUUCACUCUGCCACCACCACCUAAGAAGCUAUUUCUGCCUAUGAAACAGAAAAUCCUGUUCAAGGAAUGUGCUGACUGCCUGGAUACCAACAUGGGUACCCAGAGAUGGACAGAGCUUCUUGCAUUGGGGAGGACCAGUUGUCACCACCACUUGAAACUUGGGAACAUUUUUCUGUAUCAUACCAUAUAAUCCUUUGGUAGUUUCCAUUGUUGUUAUUUUCUACAUGACUGUUAGAAAUCUGAGAGUGUUAUUUUAUGAACUUCAAAAAAAAAUUAUAUCAAAAUGUCAGCAAAACCGAAGGAUGUUGCUGAAGUAUCUGAAAAUAAUUUAUUAUUUAAUAUUUUUAAAUGGGAGUUUCCUUUAUGUGCGUUGGGAGUGCUCUGGUUGGCUAAUAUAAAUGUUUAGUCAAUGUGACAGCAAAUUAGCUACACAUCAACUGUUGUGCUCUCGAAAUAAACACAGAAAAGUAGAAAUGGGUGCAGAAAUUUAUAGAUUUUAGAGAGUGUUUAGAUUUAAUAUGAAUAGAGCCCAAUGCCCUGCAGAGCAGUGUCUGCCAAGCCAGCACUCCUGCUGCUCCCCUCCCACAUGGACACAGCAGAAACCUCCUGUCCCAGGAUUUUUAGAAAUUUUUUCAGCUGCCAGCCAACUAAGGCAAUGGUUGGUGCUCUCCUCCCUUAUUAAGGAAUGUUGGAAAUGUGGAAGCUGUAGCUUAUGGGGAGCAUUUGGGGAGAUCUGAAGCUUUCCCAAAGAGUUUUAACAAGUUUUGCCCUGCAGAGUUCAACAUGCAAAGCAUGUUCUAAAACUCAAAACUCAGCUGUGUGUUGUGGUUUUUAAGAUCAUCCCACAUGUCCUGGCCUUUUCCCAGAGUUGCACAGGGUUUAGGUGCAAAGGUUAUCUUUGAAAAAAUAACAAAAGAAUUAGAAAUCACCUACAUUUCACAUAAAAAUUGUGAAACUGAAUAAUAAAUGACACAAUGCUUAUAGAAGAGCAUAAUGCAUUUUAUGAUGGGUUAAAAAACCCUGUGGUGUUUAUCUGGAAAAUACAGAUGACCAUUUUUUUUAAAUCUAGUUAAAAAUCCUGGUGUUGUUGAUGUCAAUGAGUUUUGACUCUACAGCCAGCCAGUAUUAACCCAUGAUCCUCUAGUUUGACUAUGGUCAAAUGAAUUGCUUCUUUGAUUUUACUUUUAGCCAGCCAGAGUGCAGAGGGGUAGAACUGGAAACGGCCUGCAGGUUCUUUUCUUUGUCCUUCCUUCCCUUCCUUCCCUUCCUUCCCUUCCUUCCCUUCCUUCCCUUCCUUCCCUUCCUUCCCUUCCUUCCCUUCCUUCCCUUCCUUCCCUUCCUUCCCUUCCUUCCCUUCCUUCCCUUCCUUCCCUUCCUUCCCUUCCUUCCCUUCCUUCCCUUCCAUACAUGACACCCCAUUCUAGUGUUGAAAUCAGACAUGAAUGUGUGAAUAUGUAUUUAAACAUUCAAUUGUAAAUCUUUGUUGUGAUGUUUACAGGCUAAGCUAGAAAGAUGAUGUUUGUCAUUUUUACAGUGCCUCAAAACUGAUUUCUAUAUCCAUAGUUGUGAACAGCUUUAAGGUUUGUUUGGUUUUUUUUUUUUUUUAACCUAUAUAUGUGCAGGGGUGCAAGGUGAAUGCAACAUUUUUGGAAAAUGCCACAAGUACCAAAAACAACCCAAAGCCUUUGAUGUGCUUUCUCCAUAGUAGCUAGGGGCUGAUGGAGCCAGGUGAAUGUGAAUGACCCAGCCUGUGUCUGCCUUCAGAGCAGUUCCAGGUUCAGCAUUGCCUGGAAUGUUCCUGUCAGGAUUGGGAUUGGGAAGUGGAAAUGAACAGUGAUGCUGAGGAAGAGGAUGCCUGAUUUAUAACUCACUGGUUGGCUGUAUGAUUUUUUGGCACAAGUAUCAGAGAAGCAAGUGGUUGAAAAAAUAUAUUAAAAUCUACUUGGGAUAUGGCGUAACAAAUGCAUUUUGCUUUCUCAAGGCCUUAAUGCUUAUAGUGAACCUGCACGGGCCUUAAUGACUAAAGAUUAAUGUGUCAAAGCUACGCAGGGCAGAGUGAGUGUUUUCAGUACAUGCAAUAUUGAUAAUAGAAGUCAUGAACUGAUACUCCUGUGGGAUGUAAAUCCACAUCCUGCCAUGCCACUGUCAGCUGUAGUUGCCUGUUAACUUCUGCAUGGAAACAGCAGGCUUUGUGUUCCUUCAGAAAUCAUCUGCGUUGUGCCAGGUAAAUGAAAGUGUACAGUUCCUUGGCCUUGGGGGGAAGCUGCAGCUUAUUCCAGCCUGUUGAACAAAACUAUAGGGGAUGGGGAUUACUAAAGGGGCUUUCUUUUGCCCCAAAACCCAAUAGUGCUGCCUUUGAGGAUGCAGGGAAGCCCCUGUGGGGAGCAGGGUCGGAGUCUCCUGGCAGUCAGCAAGAGCAGAUGAAUAAAUCACCCAUCCAAACGUGGUAUUUGAUGGUGUUUGCACAUCAACAGCAUCCGUCUGUUCCACAGGGCUUGGCAGACACUGAGAAGUUCUGGAAUGAGUGAAAGUCUCACUAAUGAUAUUUUCCUAAUAGCCAUCACAGCUAGUGUACAUAAAUCAUGCAUAAACGAUGACAGACGAGCUACUCCUGCUACUCCUGCCUCGCACAGUGUGGCUUCUCUGCUGCUCCUUGCUGGGGGUUUUGUUUGUUUGUUUGUUUGUUUUUACUAAACCGAUCACAUUGAUUGGGGCCAAUAGCCAAAUGUAGUGUCUGGUGUGGGUUUGAAGAGAUAUUAUCCCUUUUUUUGGUAAUGCAGACAGAAGCAAUAUGUUGUUAGUAUCUGUUGUACACUGCAUUAUUGAAGUGAUGUCUUCUGGACCACAGAUCCCUGACUCAGUACCUCUGCUGGGUUCUUCUAACUCGAGCUCUGAUGCUGAUAAAGAGUUAAGGUACCUCGUGUCAUGUUCUUCCACUGCCAUACCUGGGUUUGCUCAUUUCUGCUCAUUGUUUGCUCCUGACUUGGUGAAAGAUGCCUUUCAGAUUCCUGUGAUUUAAGCACACAGUGUUUUGUUAUAAAUGUUAAACUCCCAAAUAGUUCCUGAGGAAGCAGUGUAGUUGGGUAAAAUUGAAUUGGCCUCUCUGGUUUCAGAAAGGGGAAAAUGAGAUCACUGGGCCUCUGAGCACCAGAGUCAUCUACCAAGUACACAAAAGAGUGGAAAGACAAUGGCUGUGGAUGUUUGCAGUUCACGUUUUUGCAAUGUGGACAAAUUUUGGGUGUUUGUCAACAACAGGCAAUGUGGGGCUUCCCUGGCUCCUUCCUUUUGCCUUUACUCAGAUAAGUUUGUAGGCCUCACCUUGAGCCCUGUGUGUGAUUUUUGGGCAGCACGAUAUGAAAAAGACAUGAUGCUGUUAGAGAGCAUCCAAAGGAGGCCACGAGGAUGGGGAAGGGUGUGGAGGGGGGGAAGCCUUAUGAGGAGUAUCUGAGGGCACUUGGUCUGUUCACCCUGGAGAAAAGGAGAUUGAGGGGAGAGAGACUUCAAUCUACAUCUUCCUGAGGGGCAGCACUGAUCCUUUCACUCUCAUGGGCAGUGACAGGUCACGAGGGAAGGGCCUGAAGCUGUGUCAGGGGAGGUUUAGGUUGGGUAUCAGGAAAAGUCUCUUCACCCAGAGGGUGGCUAGGCACUGAACAGCUGCCCAGGGGAGUGGGCACAGCGUGGCAGAGCUCAAGGAGUGUUUGGACAAGGCUCUUGGGCACAGGGUGGGAUUGUUGGGGAUGGUUUUGUGCAGGGCCAGGAGUUGGACUCGAUGAUCUGAUGGGUCCCUUCCAGCCCAGCACAUUCUGUGAUGCUUCACUGGAAGGUGGUCAGAGCCCUGCUUGGGAUGGGGUGCACAGGGGGCUGUCUGCACCUGCCGGGGCACAGGGUGGGUGCUGAACCCACCGGUGAUGCCACUUGCAGAGGGGCCCGUGGGGCAUCAGGGGUGUUCCAAAAUCUUUCAUCACAUCCCAAGUAGUUUCAUUGUAGGCAACAGUGGAAAUAAAACCCUGUCACUUAAGUUUUUAUAGAACAUUAGAAUUUUUGCAGGAUAAACUUACCACUGCCUUUGCAUACAGAAAAGAUAAAAGGGAUACACUUUCUUUAGAAAAGCUUUACACACUAUAUUUUAGAAUGCUUCUAUAGAGGAUAAUCUAUCUUGAAUUCCCAACCCAGCUUUUGCUUCUGUUGUGCUUUUUAUUGUUUUAUCUUUAUUUCUGGUUUCCUGGAAUGCAGUUUAGCUUUGUAUUAAUUAAAUUCUAAAUAUGUGAGCAUAUUGGCAAAAACUGCACAGAUGUAAUGAUAGCAAUUGUACUGCACAAGUCAGUGAUUGUAUAGUAUUCUGUAACAAGCAAUGUUUGUCUUCUAUUUUUUGAUACCUCUUAUACACUUAUGUCUUUUAGAAAGACAGUGCCUCUGUAUGCUUUUUGUAUUUUUACUGAGUGAUUGUAAAUAUUUGUUAUAUUUUUGGUUAAGAGAAUGUUUAAAAGUACUGUUUAUUAUCCAAUCUAUUAAUAUGUUGGGAUCAAUAAACAAUCAACAUGUA